AUGAACCGGACGUUCCCUGGCUUCUCUGCUUCCUGGGUCUUUGUGGCCACUUGGGAGAAGAUGGAAUUUGAGCCUGAUGUGGGAGAGGUGACUUUCCAAGUAGUCUUGGUCUCAGAUGUUCAAGGCCGCACUUUCAUUCUGAUGAACUAUGGUCCCAUUCCAGCUGUUGAUCCAGAACCCUGGAAGGCUGGCCUCCAGACACAGGAGAACUACCAAAAUUUCACCAUUCAGGUUCCCCUCAGUGGACUGACUACAAGUACUAAUGUUGGAAUACCUGGUCGCUGGGCUUUCCAAGUCUCCGGUGCAACAUUUGCUGCAUUCAGGCUGUUCUUCCCGGUUCUGCCUGGUGCUGUUCGUGCUGUUACCUAUGAUGGAGGUAAUGCACUGGUCCAGCUCACCCAGCCAUUCUCCUACUUUGGAAGAGACUACACACAAUUAUAUCUCAGCAUGGAUGGUUUCCUUUCUUUUGAGCCCUUCAACUUUGACAGCUAUGUCCCAAUUUCAAACAAGGAUAUCAUCGCUCCACUGUGGACUGACAUUGACACUUACACCAGGGGAAACAUCACCUACCAACAAGCAACAAGUGGACCACUUAUAGCACAAGCUACAGCAGAAAUUAGACAGAUGUACCCCAGGUCGGACUUCACUGCUGCCUGGGUGUUCGUUGGCACCUGGGAGAAGGUGGAAUUUGAACCUGAUUGGGGGGAGGUGACUUUCCAAGUAAUCCUGAUCUCUGAUGAAGACAGUGACGUCUCCUUCAUCCUGAUGAACUACGGUCAAAUUCCAAACAAUCCACAAGUCUGGAUGGCUGGCUAUCAGACAGAGGACAACGCCCAUCAGUUCAGGAUUCAGGCGGCCAGUACCGCUGACCUGUCCAGAACUUCCAAUGUUGGAAGGCCUGGCCGCUGGGCUUUCCGUGUAGAUGCCUGUGGUAUUCUGAACUGCACUGCAAAUGAAGUGUGCUCAGCAAGAUCUGGAGUUUAUGGCUGCGCCUGUACAAGUAACAGUCAGAGAUCCAAUCCUAACACUUUUGAUGUCUCUGAGAGUUGUGUUGGCACUAGUAGGUCAGUGUCCCUGUCUCGCUGCCAGCUCUUUGAAGCUGGAUUUCCUGUAACCGUUCUCCAUCUCAACGAUCCCUCAUGCAGGGGGCUGGCCCAGAACGGCAGAGUGACGUUCCGUUUUGACGACAAUACUUGUGGCUCAGUCCUGGAGGUCAAUUCAACACACUUCAUCUACAAGAACUCCAUUCAGUCAUUCUCGAGUGUGGGACCAAGGAGUGUGGUCAGUCGUGACAGCUGGCUGAACCUUAACUUCUCCUGUGUGUACCCGCUCAUCCAGAGCAUCUCUGCGCCCAUGACCUUCCAGGCUAUCAAUAGUUCGAUCAGCAAGAACCUGCCGGGUGCAUUGGGUACAUACCAGAUCCGCAUGGUGCCCUACAGUGAUGCUUCAUUCACCAGUCCUUUCUCCGGUACUGUCACUCUUCAAGUGAACCAGCAGGUCUUCGUAGCUGUGGAGGUGUACGGAGUCGACAGUCAGGUGUUCUCCACUGUGCUGGACAACUGCUGGGCCACUCCCUACAAUGAUCCGAACUACUACAUCCGCUGGGAUCUGAUCAUGAACGAGUGUCCUAAUGCUAAGGAUGGCACAGUGCAGGUGUUGCAGAAUGGAGUCUCGAUAUUCAGCCACUUCUCUUUCAGGAUGUUCACCUUCACUGGCGUCAACAGAAGUUUCUACCUGCACUGCAAGGUUCACCUGUGCCUGUUGAAUGGAGGUCAAUGCGCACUGGUGAGUUUUAGAUCACCUACUUAG